AACAAGCAAAAUAAAUAAACGUGGAAACGCGAGUUGCAAGCGCGAGCUUUAUACUGUGGUGUCGUGUCAACAAAUGAAUCAAGUUAUUUAGUCAUUCCAUCAUGAAUGAUAGCGAAUAUAUUCACUGUCGCCUUUGCGCUCAUAUCAAACCCAAACACUCACUAAUACACCUAAUACCAGAGGAGGAACAUUGCCAAGAAAUUGUAAAGUGGUUGUCCCGAUUCAACGUUCAAAUAAACUUAAACGACUAUAAUUUGCCAAAAAUGGCCUGUAUUACUUGCGUAGUGUCGCUAGAACGAGCAUUCGAUUUCAUUUCUGCUGUUGAGCGAGCGCAAUCUACUCUAAACGAAAUAAUUUUACAGCCACAGCUUGUGAAGGUAGAACCUUUUUCUGAUGAUGAAAACAUUGGUUACGAGGGUCCAGCGGACAACGACAAUGAAAUCGCGAUUAUUAAAGUCGAGACUAAUAAAACAGAUUCCGCUUCUGAAAAAUCGUUCGAAAAUAAUGUUGAAAAGUCUUCGAAAGAAGUGGAAAAAAUGCGUCUUUGCAUCAGUGUGGAACAUUUACCUUUAUCUCAGGUGCACAUGACCUGGAGGGACUACAAGUGGCUCUGCCGGCUCUGUAGAACUCGAUACCCCACAUUUGUGGAACUUCAUACUCACUCUAUGAAAUACCACAAGGUCUGUAACACAUACCAAUGUACAGAUUGUAAAAAAAGUAUUUUUCAGCUCGACCACUUCCUAGAACAUUCGAAACUGCACAGAAAGUACUUGAAAUUCUCAUGUUACAAGUGCCACAUGAAGUUUUUGACUUCAGAAGACACUUUAAAACAUCAGGCUGAACAUAAAGUAACGGAUCAUAUUUGUAGCGGAUGCAAUGAAAGUUUUAAAUGCCAAGAGGCACUAGCCGAGCACAGAAGCACAUACUGCAGUGUUGAAAAAAGACAGGAAAAAGUACGAAAACUGGCAACAGUAAGAGGUAGCCAUACUUGCACAGUGUGUAACAAAACAUACUCAAAAAAACAUAAUUUGGCUAAACAUAAGUUGAUUCACACUCACAGACAAAAGGAUUACUUGUGUCAAAUUUGUGGCAAAAGUUUCUACCAUAAAGGAAGCUUAGAGGACCAUAUUAUACGGCACAGCGAUUCAAAGCCAUAUCAAUGCGAAAUUUGUAAAUCGACCUUCCAAACCUUACAGCGGUUAAGUGCACAUAAAAAAAGCCAUAGUGCAGAGAAGCCAUUCUCUUGUGAUCAGUGCGGAAAAUGUUUCCGUUUGAAAAGGCAACUCGGUGACCACAGUUUUGUUCACACAGAUUCUUAUCCUCAUGUCUGCAGUUAUUGCAAUAAGGGUUUCCGUCGCAAGGUGUAUAUGAAUCAGCACAUACGCCAGCACACUGGUGUUAAGCCAUACUCAUGUGAAAUUUGCCAAAGAGACUUCACUAACUUUCCGAAUUACAAUAAGCAUAAGAAAAGACGACAUAAUACAGAUAUGGCAAAGACGAAACGUGCUCCUGAGGGAACUUUACCCAUAGACUCUGGCCCCGGGAAGGUUAUAUCUGAUAAAAAAUUAGAAAAAAAGAUAAAACUUUUGUAACAGAGAGAUAGAGAUAGACACCAGAAAAAUACAGCGACUGCUAAAGGAAAAGGAAAAAAUUGUAAUGAUAAUGAGUGAAUAUUGCAUUGAUUUCAGAUCAUUUUUAAAGCUUUUUAAAUCUUGUCUAGAACUGCUAAACAUUGGUACUGAUAUAAUAAAAGCUGGUACUCACCUGCAUCUGGUUAGACUGGAAUCCGACCUAAUCGUCUGACAUCCUAAAUCCAGUUACCUGGGCAACCUGAUACCUCUUGGUACCUAUAAUGACUGUCAAAUAUGUAAUAUGUGGUAUGCAUCAGGUUGAGCAAUGCCAUCCGUGGGUAAAUGUCCAUAAAAGUUUACGAUUCGAACUUUUACCAUCGUUUACUUAGGUACUUGGUAAAGGUAAAUCCUUUACCAAGUACCGGUUAAUGUCGAUAAAAAAAAACAUGUCAUAUCUCUUUCAGGGUAGCGUAUCAAUUUAUAAUUAAGCACCAAAAUGUAAUAAAACACUAUACAAAAUCAGUUUGAUCACCCAACGUAAGCGUUAUUAGGUUUUUAGGAGGUAUUUAACAUAUUUAAAAAAAUCUUGUUCCUAAUUUUUUUUAAUACCUACGACUUCGAAAUGAAAAUAAUGUAAAGGGUAAACAGUUUUACCUAAGUUUUUAAUGGUUACUUAAAAUAAAUGAAGAGGAAUUGAUUAAUCAUUGUUUUAUUCCUAAAACCUAUAUUUACCAGUCCACAUUGGUAAAACUAGCUUCCGCCCGCGUAGAGUUCGGUUAUAUCGCGUUUCCAAGAGAAUUCUUCAAAAGUCCGGGAUAAAAACUAUCCUAUGUUCUUUCUCAAGGUCAACUCUAUCUCUGUACCAAAUUUUAUUAAAAUCAGUUCAGUGGUUUAGAUGUUAAAGCUUAACAGACAGUUACUUUCGCACAUAUAAUAUACUAGCUUUUGCCCGCGACUUCGUUCGCAUGGAAUAGUGACUUCCGGCAUAUUUUUGGUUUGACCAAUAGAUGGCGCUAUAUGUCCGGAAUAAAUUUUAUUUUUAUAUAUAUUUUUUUAAAUAAAAACUAUCCUAUGUCCUUUCUCAAGUUCCAAACUAUGUCUGUACCAAAUUUCACACAAAUCGGUUCAGUAGUUUAGGCGUGAAGAAAAGACAGACAGAGUUACUUUCACAUUUAUAAUAUUAGUUAGGAUA